AAGCGCACCACGUUUAGUUGCGUAGUUGAUUGUGUUUUCGCGCGUUCUAAGGAACAAUCGUGUUUCCAGCGCGCGAAUGAUUUACAUACUGAACCGUUGGCCGGAUCUGUGCCGCCGUUCGGGAGCAGUUGCCCCUUCGGUCUGAGAACGCAUGUUGUUUAUAUUUUUGUUAUGAAUGAGAUAAUUGGAUUAGUUGUUCGGUGUCCCGUAUUGCUGCUGUUUCAAUCCAUUCGAUGGCCAUCGUUCACGGUCGGUUAUGUCCGGAUGUCCUGACGGUGCCAAAGACCAUUCGCGUAUGCCAGCUGCGGCCAGUAGAGUUCGAGACGUACGACUGGAUAGUUUUGGUUCCAAGCAUUUAGAAAUACAAUUCUCGUUGUAAUUGUGCGCCGGGCAAAGCGAAAAAUGGUUUCCAAUUAAUGCACUACGUGCGUUGCGUAACUAGUUUUGCGUGAAAUCCAACAUUGCCCAUGAGCGUUGCAGUGAUUCGCUUUCGAUUGCAUUGUGAUUCCUGUUUGCCGACCAGGCGGUUUAGCUCGAAUCCGUCAGAUGAUCAGCGAAGCGUGUGUGGUGAUUGUCAAUGCAAGUGCUGGAUAUUCCCGAAAGGGCCUCGCUCUAGAACUUGCCUUCGAUCGAUCGAUAUCGAGGUAGCCAACAAAACAGUGCGAAAAGGGUAGACCGUCGCGACGCAGAGCUUUAAUUGAAUAAUCGAGUUCGGUCUGGUCGGGUAUCUACAGUGGAAGUUGUCGGAGGAGCGCAAAAAUGGACGCCAACAGUGAACCCUUGGAGGAAGAAAGCGAGAAAAUCGAGUCUGAAGAACCAUUUGACCUAGAUGAACUGCUACCGGCGAUAGGAGAAUUCGGAAGGUACCAAAAACUGCUACUAUGGCUAAUAUGUCUUCCGGCCUGCAUUCCUUGUGGGUUCUGUGCCUUCAAUCAGCUGUUUAUGACGGACGUUCCCGGCGACUAUUGGUGCGUAAUACCGGAGCUUCAAAAUUUCAGCGUAGAGGAGAGAAGGCAGUACGGCAUUCCAGUGGUUGAGAGCGAUGGAGUUGAAGAGUUCAGCAAGUGCACUCGGUACGCAGUGGAUUGGAAAGAUAUUCUGUCUAACACCGAUGCGGAGUCGGUUUUCCCCAACAGUUCGUGGCCAGUGGAACAGUGCCGUGAUGGAUGGGAAUACAACACCACCGAGGUGAAAUCAUCGAUUGUGAUUGAUUUCGAUUUGGUCUGCGAGUACGAUAUCUAUCCUACGCUAGGGUUGGUGGCUCUGAACACGGGGGGCCCGGUCGGGGUGUACCUAUUCGGUAUGCUGAACGAUCGCGCCGGUCGUAGAACGUCGUACUUUUCCUGCCUGGCAACACUGCUACUGGGUAGUUUCAUCACGGCCGCCAGCUCCGAUUUUCGCAUGUGGGCCUUUAGUCGUGUCAUCGUGGGACUGACGAUUCCCGCCGUGUACCAAAUUCCGUUCAUCAUAGCACUGGAACUGGUGGGACCCAAUUAUCGGUCGUUCGUUACUGUUAUGACGUGCACGUUCUACACCUUCGGGUUGAUGAUGUUGGCCGGUGUGACUUAUCUGGUCCGAGAUUGGGUCGAACUGACGCUGUACACAUCGGUACCAUUUUUGCUGUAUUUUCUCUAUUUGAUUAUAAUGCCCGAAUCACCGCGGUGGCUGUUAAUGAAGGGUAAACUGGAAGAGGCCUUGAAAAUUCUCGAGCAGAUGGCGAAAGUUAACGGUAAGAAGUUUCCCACUGCAUUCAAAAACAAACUGCAGGAACGAGUUCUGGCGGAAAAAAGUCGUACAGUAAAGAAGGAGGAGGUAUCAAUCGGUGCGUUCGACCUCUGUCGGACACCCAAUAUGAGACUGAAAACUAUUCUAAUCACCCUGAACUGGUUCGUCAACGAAACCGUGUAUCUUGGGUUGAGCUACUAUGGCCCAUCCUUGGGGGAAAAUCAGUACCUUAGCUUUUUCCUCUCGUCACUGGUGGAAAUUCCCAGCUACGUGAUAUGCUGGAUUGCUAUGGAUCGCUGGGGCCGACGGUGGCCAAUGUGUAUGCUGAUGAUCUUGGGCGGGAUUAGUUGCGUUGCAACCGUUGUCCUGCCCGAAGAUGCGGUGACGGAAACGUUGAUACUUUACCUGCUGUCGAAGGCAGCUCUGUCGGCUUCGUUUCUUAUCAUUUAUCCCUUUGCCGGAGAGCUGUAUCCCACACAGGUACGAGGAGUAGGCAUCGGCACCUCCAGUUAUAUUGGAGGCCUAGGUCUGAUAGUGAUUCCGUUCAUUACGUAUUUGGGCAAAGAAAACCUGAUUCUUCCACUAGUUAUCAUGGGUUGCAUAUCGGUGGCCGGUGGGUUCACAGGCCUUCGUCUGCCGGAGACCCUCCAUCAUCGUUUGCCCCAGACGCUGGAGGAUGGCGAACAGUUUGGUAAAGAUUGGACCUUUGACGAUUGUUUUCGAUGUGUUCCGGCCAGGAAAUCCCCUGCCACCUCUUACGAAAGUCUGGCUCAUCAGCCGCCUGAUUCGGCGCUAGAGCUAAGCGCUGGAAUACCCAUCAAUGUUAGUUUGCAUGAGCCGGAUGCAUCCACCGAAAAAACUCCUCUGGAAGUGUCACGUAUGCGCAGGCAAACCAUGAAGAGGCUGGCACGUCAGGCUAGCACUAUGGAUACACAGAAAACUGCUGAUGGUGCCAUGCAAUUGACUUACUGGUUCUAAUUAAGUGCCACUAAUCUUAUCUACCAACCGAAUGUAAACAAAAUUGAGUAUUUUCCGCGGGUGGAAAAUUUUUGAGACUUGGCAUAUACUUUUCCAAACGCGUUGUAGCACGCAAACCUAGGAUUAUAGACAGACUGUCUGAGAAAGAGUUGUAGAAAGUUAGUAAUGCUUUGUAAAAAAAUAUUCUAAACAAUUGUUUUUCCGAAACAGUGUUUUUUCGGAAGAUAAAAGUUUAUAAUGGAUAAGGUUGGCGAAGAAUCUAAUGAAACUUGGUGGGUGUGUAGGCCUUACUGAACUUAGCAACUUUGUAAACUUCAUUUUCCAAAAAUUCAUCUAAACUACCACUUGAAAAGGGCUAAAAAUUAUUUUAAUGAAUUAUAUACCUGAUUAAAGACAGAAGAAAGAGAAAAAUUGUCGAAGUUUAGAAAAUCAUAAAAUUGUCUGAAUCAAAAAAUCAGAUCCUACAAUGAAGCAAAUUGAUUUUGAAAACAAAAAGUGAUCAAAAAGCAAUGAACGGGCGACUCAGAAAUUUUUCGAAUUGGGUUUUUUAGAUAGACAAUUUAAUUGCGUGAAACUAAUUCUGCAUAAAUCAGAAUUGGCACCCUCAAGAAAAGAAAGUUUGUACAAUACAAGAAUUGCUCAUGUACUGUAUUUUUCACGUUUGCGCUACUUAACGUCCAUGCGUCUCAUCAACUAAGUUAGAGAAAAAUUGUCAAUGGAUGACUUUUAGUAAAUGGAACACCUGAAAAAAUGUCCAAUGGCAAGAGAUGGCGCUUUUCCAGUGGUAGUAAAUGAGCAAUUGCACAAAAAAACGGGCAACCAAUUAAUCGACCAUUUUUUGUUUGGCUGAAACUUUACAUAGGCAAAAGAUGCCAUUUUGUGCUAUUGGUUUAAUGUUUUAGAACACGACUCAUUUUUGAGAAGCUAUUGAAAAAUGCUGUUUUGGAAGGUAUUGAUGAUUACAAAUAUUUUUAGGGCCAAAACGGUUUAUUUGAUCGGGGACGUCUUCGGCAAAGUUGUAAAUAAUAGUUUUGUCAUUCCGAAAAAACAUACACUCUAAAAAGCUCAUUUUUUAAAAAUCUAAUGUUUUUUUUUAAUAAAAACUACAACAGAUUACCUAAACAAUGCAAUUUUUUUUUCGAGAGACAUUAUUUUUGGAAGGAUAAAAUUAAUAUGUAUCUACAACUUUGCCGAAGACACUAUGCCAAUCAUUCAAACCGUUUUGGCUGUAGAAAUGUUUUUAAUUUCCAAUAAAGCACUCUAUGAAAAAAUUAAACUAUUUUUACAGCCAAAACGGCUUGUUUGAUUGGCAUAGCAUCAAAAAUAAUAUCGUUUGCCUAUAGAAACGUCUAUGUAAUGUUGCCAAAUCAAAAAUGACAAUUUGAAAAAAAAAAUUAAACUGGGACAUAUAUUGUGCAACUGUUCAAAUCGGAAAUUCUCCGAGUGUUUUGCUCAUUGACCAAGAAUACAACUAUCAAAUACCUUCUAUACAUCUUAUUCUAACUUUCUAGUAUUUAGUUUCACUAAACGCAAUCUAUUUUUAUAAAAAAAACAUAUUUUUUCUAUAUAACUCCAUUGUCUUUCACUACCAUUCGUCCAUGAGCUCGUGAUGUUGAUUUUGACAACAGCUCAAUAUUAGGACGAGAGCCGUGCAGUUGGAUUAGGGUGGAUCAAUGUUGCAAAAAGUAAGAUUUCUCAUACAUAUCUUCAUAAAUAUUUGAAAUGCAAUGCGCCAAGUGGAGUCACCAGUAAUCGACUUGAUAAGUUUAGGAUUUUUGAGGCCUCGAAUGGAACCAAUGAAAUUUUGUUCUGGCUCUUUGCUAUCAACUUUUAACAUUGCUAUGUGACGAUGAACCACUUUAUCACUCAUAGCCAAGCAACGACAUCUAGUGCAGAUGUAAACAUAAAAAUCGAUAGUCUCUACAAUUCUUUAAUGGAUGGCAAUACACAAACAGUUGCGCUCACUGGUGUGCUUAAUUAGCAAAAAUUAGCAGCGGGGUCCCAUUGCCUGAAAUUUUAUUUAAAAUAAUAAAAAAAAAAUUUGAUUUUAUUUAAAAUAAUAAUAAAAAAAAAUAAUAAAAAAAAACUACGCUGAAAAAUUGGUUUUAAAAACGAGAAAAGGCAGCGUACGCCUAAAAGUGGUUUCACGUACGUCGUUGUUUCUCCCAAGUAAAACAAGGUGUCUAGUAUCAGCAGUUUAUUCUGACGCAAGAAUAUCGAGAAAAUAUAUCAUUUUAGACAACGCAACUGACUGACUGCUUCGAAUGUCUUUCUGUUUGUGCGAAUGGAAUUUUGUGACUAUACCUGGUUCUGGAGAGGAAGUUUCAGCACGAAUGAGCUGAAAUUUUCAUGGGGACUUUUUUCGAGAAGACAAAGCUUCUGAUACCUAUCGCUAAGCGUAAUUCGAAAAGUCGAGUUCCAUUGGCACCCUGUUGGUUGUUAUAUGAUAAACAACAUUUCGAACGUUAUUCAUUUACACAGCACGUGCGUUGCACGGUAAGCGGUAUCACUAAAGAUAGCAACACAAAAACACUUCAUCAACGCAACUCGUAUUAAGAGUAAGUGGUGUGAGCGCGCGAAACCACUUUUCUUCUAAUCCCGUUUUGUUUCAUGAUAGUCAUUGAUUUAGGGCACUCUCUCUUCAAUAUUCUCAAAAUUCACCCCUCCCCCACAAGACAGAAAUUCUGGCUACGCCACUGGAUAAACAAUUUUGUUGCCUGAAACUCUUCAGAACAUUUUAACCUAUUUCCCGUGGGUAUGUCAUAUGGCAUCACCUGACAUUUAAACUUUGAUUAAAGUUUAACAAUUAUACUUGAGAUGUUGAACGAUGAAACUGUUUAACACGGUUCGAAAAUAGAGGGAUCUUUUAUGUCAUGUUUUAUGUCACGUUGAAAAUGUUUUAAAAGUUUUUGAUGAAAACUCAGGCCGUGUCCAGUUUCCAGGCAGUCAUACCUUGACAACUUUUCUCUGUAUGUAUGGGUCAUUCCAUCUCAUGUGCGCAAAAAAAAAAUACAACCGUGUCAAUGACCUUUUCACAUUUGGCUUAAAGUUUGAGGAAUUGUUCAUAUAAGGCAUUAUGCAAAAAUCCCAAUUUUAGUGCCGAUCGGUCCACUUCCUAUUCCCGUGCGACCAUUCCAUUUUUGGACAAAACCUUGUUUUUCUCAAUUAUGGCUACAAAAGCAUGCCGUUUAGAAAUACUUAGUUUAUUUCCAUGGUUUUUGAAGAAAAUUAGAUAAGGGUUCCAAAAAAUUAUCAAGUCUAAAUGGCAGUGUUGCCAGAUAGGUUGUUGCUUGCAUUUGAAAAAAGGAAUUGCAUUUUUCGGCAGAUGAAUGUGCUUUAAUUUCAAAUUAAAUAUUUUCAUCGUGUUCCUGAGAAAAUUUAACAUGAAAAACACUGCUAUCGUCCCGAGGUAUUAUGAGCGAAACUCGAGUUACAGCAUUUUCAACAAUUGAAUUCAAAUUUUCUCUGAUUUGCUUUCAUAUUUUGCUAAUAUUUUUGGAACGUUUUUGAUUAUUGCCAUUCUAAAUGACGCAACUUAACUGGCAGUGUUGCCAGAUGUUAUUUUUACAGUUGAAAGAUCAUAUUGCAUUUUUUGGCAAAUGAGUAUCGUUUGAUUUUAGACUUGAAAAUUGCAUCGUAUUUCUAAGAACAUUUUACACAUAAAAUACUUGUCACACAGAGGUACAGCAUUCUUAACCCUCUAGUGUCAAAUUACUUUUCAGACAAACUUCGAAAAAAACACUAUGAAGCUUUAUAAAAAAUUUUUAAGUUCUUAUUGAAGCUUUUUAGAGGUUCAACUGAGGACCGUCUAAAGGCGGCACUGGGCACUAGAGGGUUAAGAAAAUUCAAUUUUUUAUUUUAAUUCGAAAUUUUUAAUUUCACAUAAAAACAAAAAAAAGUACAUUUGUUUGUUGGCGCUACGAGACUUCGGUGAUGGUUUCUCAGUUUUUUUUCUUUUGUGUGUGCUGCUUCGAUAGCACUUUGUGGAUGGACUUCGCUGUUGAACUGAAACCCGUUUUCAUAGAUAUAGAGCCUAAAUCAGAAGUAUUUACAGCAUGCUUAGAUCGGAUACCUGGGAUUGAUGCCGAGAAAUGAAAUUUAAUGUUCCAACUGUAAAAAUAACAUAUCUGGUAACGCUGCCGGCCAAAAUUUUUUAGUUUCUUGACUAAUUUCAUUCAAAUUGUGUCAGUCAGAAUGUCCAUAAUCAAAACAGCUCCAUUUUUAUUAUUAGCAAAAUAAUAAUAGAAAUUAUAAGCGAAUCAGAGAGAAUUUUAAGUUGAUUCUUAAAAAUGCUGUUACUUGAGUUUUGCUCAUAAUACAUCGGGGCGAUAAGUGUAUAGACGCUGCAUUGGAAUCUACAAAUUUGUUAUUUUUUUAUGAACCGUCGCAAUCUGCGUUAGCCAUGUGCUAUUGUAAUGCCUGCACUGUAAUUUGUAAUAUUUUGUCUCAAAAUAUGUCAAACAGAAUGUUGAAAAACUUCUCCGAAGAAGAUUUUUGCCGUUUUUUUCAUAUUGGUCCAACUGUGCGGCUUCAACAUCAAACAUCAAAUAAGCGGUCCGAUCAGUCCUAGAACGAAUCCUCAAACUGCGGAUUAAAGGCCGUUCCUUCUGUAGAAACCUAUAUUGGCACGUAGGAGAAUCGCCCAGAAUUGCAUUAAGGACUUACCUAUGCGAUCGAUCACUGACGACUGACUGGAGUACGGCGAUACGAACCUGGUGAAUCUAGACGACGCUGACGAAGCCAACACGAUCACUAAUGGCUCGUGUGGAUUCGUUAUCCAUCCGUAGCACCGUGGAAGAGUGUGUUGCGACUUACGAGAUGCAUGACUCAGGGCUGGAAAUAGAGCAAUACGGUAUAUUGUCCCAGGGGUGUACUCAACCCCCACACCUUCAACAUUAGUAUUGAUAACGUGCAUAGCCCACACCUCGGAAGUACCGAUUAUGACAAAUACGAUUUUUUUUUUUUUGAGAGUGAGUACGAUCGCUGCCUGAACUAUGAUCGGGGAGGAGUAUAGACCGGGGAUUGGACGGUUCAGUCUCACCAACUGAUGAAUGAAAAUGGGCUCAAACUAAUCGACUUUGCCACCUCCAAAAAUAUGGCCAAACGUAGCUCCUUCUUCCAACAUAGCCUCCACCAUAGAUUCACCUGAAGAUCACCAAACGGAACAAAAACACAAAUCGACCGCGUUUUAAUAGAUGGUUGGCACUUCUUGGACAUAAUCGAUGUCAGAGCACAUUGAGACCAUCGAUUCGGACCACUACCUAGUGAUGGUUAAGAAACUAUCCGUUUUAAAUAAGAUACGGCACCGUCGCCCGCCACGGUAAAUUCUCUCACGACUGAAGCAACACGUCGACCGAAGAGGGUGAGCCUGAAGUAGCUUCUCUAGAGCUACCAGCAGUGCUGCGGAAGAAGUCCUGGAACCCUUGCAACCGCAUCUACGUAACAAUUGGUUUGAUGAAGAAUGCCGGCAGAUAUUGCAGAUACCCGCAGAGACUUUGUCUCACGACCCGAAUUGUGCAGGGAUGAGGAGGGAGGCAUUCUGACGGUUGAUCGUGAGGUGAUCGAAAGAUGGAAGUAGCACUACGAUGGACACCUGAAUGGCGUUUCAUGGAAGGUUUCAUGGAAACUGACAUGACUGAUUAAGGCUACAAUGGAGGAUGUGGUGGAUUUCGGGUGGAACGUUUGACUCCCUAGAGUCCCACAGGGAGUUUCCACAAGGGAAAAACUCCUGCCUAAUGUGGACAAUGUUCGAGGAGGACCUGCGAGUGUUCGGAGUUUUAGGACGUCGGGUGCUAAGAACCAUCUUUGGCGGUGUGCAGGAGUUUGGAGUUAUGGGAUGAACCACGAAUUGCGCGCCUCUUCGGCGAUCCCAGUAUUCAGAAAGUGGCUAAAGCUGGAAGGGUACGCAGGCUAGGGCAUGCAGCAAGAAUACCAAAUAACUACCUUGAAAAAUUGGUGGUCGUUUCAAAUCCUGUAGGAAUAAGAAGCAAAAAGCGAGAUGGGUGGAUCAGAGCACCGAGUGCCCGCGGAAUUGGUGGAGGCAGGCAGUCAUGGACCGAGUAAAUUGACGAAACUACGUUAUGCUAAGGCGUACGUAAGUAAGCCAUUGACCCCAAUCGACGAUAAGCGGUUUAGUAAAAUGGUACCCAACACUGUUUGAAAGAAAGGUGAUACGGAAGUACGGAUCCUGGAGCGAUUCAAUAAAAAACACACAAUUUAACAGUAAAGAAAUACGUAUAUGUAUAUUUCGGUUUCUCUGAUUUCCAUAUGCUCAUAAUGUGCUUUGACAACAUUUAUGUUUUUUAAAAUUCAAGGUUGUUCAUGUACUUUAAUAUAUCUUAUUUGAGAAUUUUCACGAUUGUAGUUUGUCAUGUUUCUUAGAUUCACGCUUGGGAUGUUUAAGGUACUAACGAGUUGUAACGUAUUCUAACUUGUCUAGAGCUCUUGGGGGGGUAGGGAGGAGGAGAUUCUCUAGCGUGUAUGCGCAUUCAAUGUUUUUUACCUAUCUAUCGAACACGGAUUUUUUGGAUGAUAAACUAUACACAAAAAUAAAACUUAUCAAUUACAUCAUGUAACAUAGUUUGUUCGUAUCCAUCCGAGCGGGACCCGUUCGGAAUCUAGCCGCCGCAAACGUGACGCGACUAACAUUUGUUGUCUAGGCAAUUUUAGGAUAUGUUUGUCAGAUAGUUUAAGUACUCAUGCAUUGAUCACUAAGUAGGAUAAGUUCGCUUCAGCGAAUCGGGGUGGCAGGAAGAUUCAACAGAAAAUCAGCGGCAUUUAACAUAGACUCUCGCUUUUCGUCUGCUUUUGUACUGAUAUUACACGAAAAAGUGAUCAUUUUCGUCAACUUAGUGCUAGCAUACAAAUUAAGAAACGAAACAAAACGCAGUCAUGUUUAAGAUGUUCGACAACAAGAAGCAAAAGUGAACUAUAUAUUUCACAACAUGCAACUAGUUUUCCUUAGUAAAUUGUUACGAAAAUGCACCGAAUGGUUUCGCGGUUUAUCAAUCAUAAAAAAUAGAGUUAGUCUUUUUCGAAAGAUGGGACGGAGAUCGAUUGGUUUUUUGGUUAAACAUUUCUAUUUUUUUUUUUAUUUAACAUCGAAAUAUUCAUUGUGUAGUUUAAUUAGAAGUACUAGGAAAUUUUCCUACUCAAAAGUUGUCUUUUUCAAGCGCUGGUUUCUCAAUCUGCUUGCGUUUUAGUAUAGGUAUAUAUGUUUGUUGUUGUUAUCAUAAAUUCGAUUGGCAAUUCUGUGAUAGAUAAACAUGUAUUUUCGUUAGAAAUAUCGUAAGUAGGAAACUGGAGUUGUUAUCAAUUUAGCAUAGAAAUGUUAUCACAAAUUUACAUACGAACAAAUUUGGAUGUAAAAUAGCAUACGAUUGUUUUUAGAAAUAAACAUGUCAAUAUGUUGAAA